AUGAAGGUAAGCCAGAAAAUCGCCCUGGCGGAGAAGGAGGACCGCGUGUGGUGGUCUUUUGAGUAUUUCCCUCCCCGCACAGCACAGGGUCUCCAAAACUUACUGGACCGUAUUGAGCGUAUGCGAGCACUGGGCCCUGAGUUCAUAGACAUUACAUGGAAUGCUGGUGGUCGUACGUCUGACCUCACAUCUGAAAUGGUCAAGACCUGUCAAAAGCUUAUCGGCAUGGAGACAUGCAUGCACUUGACUUGCACGAAUAUGCCCCGGGAGAAAGUAGACGUCGCCCUCAAAGAAGCCAAGGAACAUGGGUGCCGGAAUGUGUUGGCUCUCCGAGGAGAUCCGCCCAUGGGCAAGGACGAGUGGGAGGCGGUCGAAGGCGGGUUUGUUCAUGGAAUCGACCUAGUCAAACAUAUACGCUCGCAGUACGGGGAUUACUUCGAUAUCGUCAUUCCUGGCUUCCCACAACAUGUGCUUUUGCCUCCUGAAGAAUUCGCUUUAGAACUCCAAUAUCUAAAGGAGAAGAUCGACGCUGGGUCAAAUCUCAUCUUUACGCAGAUGUUCUAUGACGUAGACAUCUUCAUCAAGUGGGUCCAUGCGGUUCGUGCGGCCGGCAUCACCAUCCCCAUUGUGCCUGGCAUCGCCCCCAUCCAAACUUGGAAUGGAUUCCAGAAGGCGACAAGUCUGGCGAAGACGAAGAUUCCGCAAUUAUUCCUCGAUGCGCUUGAGCCGCACAAGAAUAACGAUGAAAAGGUUCGGGAAAUUGGGACCAAACUUGUCGCGGACGUGUGUCGCUAUUUACUUGAUGCGCAAAUUGGUAUCAAGGGCUUGCACUUCUACACGAUGAACCUGGAGAAAGCUACCCGCAUGCUGCUUGAGGAGUUGAAUCUCGUUCCCCGGAUACAAACCGUUAAACCUCUACCUUGGAGACAGUCGCUCACACCCAACCGUCGGGCGGAAACUAUCCGCCCCAUAUUCUGGGCGAAUCGCACACGAUCCUACCUGUCACGCACUGAAAAUUGGGAUGAAUAUCCCAACGGCCGAUUCGGAGAUUCACGUAGUCCUGCAUACGGCGAACUGGAUGGCUAUGGUAUCUGGAUCAAACAAUCUAAAGAAGAGGCACUACAGCUUUGGGAUAGUCCCACAUCAGCUGCAGAUAUUGGUCGGCUGUUUUCCAAAUUCUGUUUAGGCCAGCUCCGUGCGCUUCCUUGGUCAGACCAAGCGCCGUCCUCAGAGACAACCGUCAUUGCCACGCAGCUAGCAAAACUAAAUGAUAUGGGUUUUUUGACUAUUAACUCGCAACCAGCUGUGGACGGCGCACGUAGCGACGACCGGGUGCAUGGCUGGGGACCUACAAAUGGCUAUGUAUACCAGAAGGCCUACCUUGAGUUCUUCGUAUCACCUGGACUCUUGGAUGCUCUCCUCCCUCAUAUCGAACGAGACGUCAACAUAACUUACUAUGUGAUUAACAAGCGCGGUGACCUCCGUACGAAUACCCAUUCUGAAGGUCCCAACGCGGUUACGUGGGGGGUGUUUCCAAACAAGGAGAUUGUACAGCCGACUAUUGUAGAAGCUAUUAGCUUCAUGGCUUGGAAGGAUGAGGCCUACGAGCUCGGCCGUCAAUGGAGCAAGUACUAUGAACCGGAAUCUCAAACGCGUAAGCUUAUAGACGACAUCAUGGAGACAUACUACCUUGUGAAUGUCGUUCACAACGAUUACAAGAAGCCCGAGGCUAUCUUCGAGCCGUUCUUCAAGGCUGGCGCAGAAUUUACAGCAUUGCAGAUUGGCCAGUCUUCGAUGCUCAGGGAUAAUUGA